AUAGAACCGACUGAGUUCGAUGCUACACAAGGCACCUACAAAGAGCAAAUCGAGGACCUAAAGCCUUGCUUUGAAGUUAUUUUGCACUCGACAUCUGAAAUUUUGCUCGACGUCGAUCACGAAAUCACACGUCUACGCCGUUACCACUCCCGGGGAGAUCCCCUCGCAUCUUCAAAAGUUGUUCCAGUGUUACAGGAAUUUUUUAUAAAUGUCAGGUUUGGCCUGCGGAGGAACCGGUCCUCACUGUGUCUUAUGAUGGAAUGUCUUCAGAGGUAAUCGAUUGAACUCUUCAAGUACCAACGACGAUGAUGACCUAAUUGACACGCAAUACAGAGGAAGUUUAUUGGGGGCGACUAUCCAACUAGUCGACCAGACUACAUUGAUGCACCGCUCUUCUGUGAAGACGACAGAGUCGUCAAGGCUACAACCAUUAGUAGCAGUUGAUCUGCAUAAAGUAUCAAAUCAACCGGAUAUACGGCGACUUCUCGUCAAGUACCGAAACAAACGUAUAAUUUCUCAAGAGAGCGAGUCUAAGCUUAACCGUAAGCUCCACGAAGCCAUUACUAGGUGCGAUCAUGGCUCCGUCCAUAAAUGCCUCUUAUCGAAAGCCAAACCGGACACACCACUUGAACAAUCGAGGCUUGCACCGAUUCAUCGAGCCCUAAGCCAAGUGGAGGCAUCGCUCGCCUCCGGCAAUACCACAGCCGCCGCAGCAUCAGCUUCGAUCGUGACGGCCCUAGUUCUCGCAGGUGCGACGCUCCAAACAUUAGAUGAAGAUGGCCGAACCCCUCUUAUACGAGCGGUCAUGAAUGAGAUGCCUGAUUCUCUGAUAUCAUUGUUGCUGGAAUUUGGAACACCCGUGAAUGUUAGGGAUAGAAAGAAGAAUACCGCACUCCAUUAUGCAGCGACGAAGGCCCCUUCGGGCGAGAUGGGAAAUAUUGAUACUAUUCGGAUUUUACUAGCCCACGGAGCGAACCAAGGCUUGAGAAAUAAGAGAGGGCGUACAGCCUUGCAUGAAGCUGUGUCGUUUAUGUGCCAUGACCGAAGUCGAGAGCUCCUGGACUACGGAGCAGACCUAGACAUGACCGACAAUAAUGGAUGGUCCCCUUUAUUUGGAGCAGUCACGCAGGGAAGCACGGCACUUACUAAACUACUAUGUGGUCGCGGCGCUCGCGUUGACAAGAAGGACAAAGGUGGGCAGACUGCUCUCCACUAUGCCAUAUCUCAGGGAUGCAAAGAGGUGGCCGAUGCCCUACUGAAUAACGGAGCGGAUGCCAAUCUCAUUUCAAGGGGAGAAACACCUCUUUGCCGAGCAGCAUCCAAGUCUAAUUUGGCACUUGUUGAGCUUCUUCUGGCUUAUGGUGCCGACUUCAUGUUACCGUCGCCAAGUUAUCACGGUGCCCUACCCAUACAUAUUGCUGCCAUGGGGAGCGACUUAACUAUCUUGAACACUCUCUUGGAGUCGGGAUCUCCUAUAAAUCCUAUCGAUGACGAACUACGGACACCCUUGAGAUGGGCGAUGGAUGGUGGCAAAAAUGAACUUGUGCAUUUCCUGCUAAGUAAAGGAGCGGCGAAGUGAAUUUACUAAUAUUUAAGCAGUUUGCUAUAUCUAAUUACCUAAGUGUUUAAAUCACAUUUAUGUUCUUAGAUAGGUACCUACCUAGGUAUGAUUGGUACCUAGUACCUUUAGCUUUUAUAGAUCGGUA